AGAAAUCGAGGCCGGGGCUUCGGCUCGACCGCCGUCCAUGGAGGCCGCCGGCGGAGAAGGGGAGCCGGAGGCGCUCAGCUGCUUCUCCUACAACCAGGACUGCACGUACGUCCCUGGCUAUUGGAACCAGAACUGGGUACAGGCUUUUUUCCUUGAGUUCUGUGGAGCAGCUGGAUCAGGUCCAUGAAAGCAAUGAAAUCCCGGAUGUUUACAUUGUAGAGCGCCUCUUCUCCAGUAGCCUGGUGGUGGUGGUGAGUCGCACAAAGCCUCGGCAGAUGAAUGUCUACCAUUUCAAGAAAGGGACCGAAAUCUGUAACUACAGUUACUCUAGCAAUAUCCUCUCUGUCCGGCUCAAUCGGCAGAGACUAAUUGUUUGCUUGGAGGAAUCUAUUUAUGUCCAUAACAUUAAGGACAUGAAGCUUCUGAAAACGAUCUUGGACACCCCUCCAAACACAACAGGUUUAUGUGCACUUUCUAUCAACCAUUCCAAUUCCUACUUGGCAUACCCCGGCAGCACGACCGUCGGCGAGAUUGUGCUGUACGACGGAAACAAUUUGAGAGAUGUCUGUUCAAUUUCUGCCCACGAUGGGCCCCUCGCUGCCCUGGCCUUCAACUCCACAGGGUCAAAACUAGCAAGUGCUUCUGAAAAGGGAACUGUCAUUCGGGUGUUUUCCAUCCCUGAGGGGCAAAAGGUCUAUGAAUUCAGAAGAGGAAUGAAGAGGUACGUGAACAUCAGCUCCCUGGUGUUCAGCAUGGACUCGCAAUUCUUAUGUGCAUCAAGCAACACCGAGACCGUGCACAUCUUUAAGCUGGAACAUCUCACAGACAGCCGGCCGGAAGAACCCCCGUCCUGGAGCGGUUACAUGGGCAAGAUGUUCAUGGCCGCCACCAACUACCUCCCUUCUCAAGUGUCAGGCAUGAUGAGCCAGGACCGGGCCUUUGCCACAGUGCGCUUGAACUUCUCUGGACAAAGGAACAUCUGUGUGCUCUCCACAAUCCAGAAGUUGCCUCGGCUCUUGGUUACGACGUCUGACGGACACCUUUACCUCUACAACCUGGACCCUCAAGAUGGAGGAGAGUGUGUUCUAAUCAAGAAACACAGCUUGCUUGACCUGGGAAAGGCAGAAGAGAACAAAGAAAACGAUCUCCGUCCCCCAGUACCUCAGACUUACGCUGCAACUGUAGCCCGGCAGAGUUCGGUGCCUUCACCUUCGAUGGUGCCAGGUUACUCAGAAGAUGGAGGAGCCCUUCGAGGAGAGGUUAUACCAGAGCACGAAUUCGCCACUGGGCCAGUGUGUCUGGAUGAUGAAAAUGAAUUUCCACCUAUAAACUUGUGCCGUGGAAGCCAGACGAACAAAGGCAAGAGGUCAUGAGGAGUGGCAAACAGCAGAGCACGGAGCGACGGAUGGGAGGUAGUUUGGAGAAACAAAAAAAUGGGAAAGUGGAAGACCCCACAAGUGAGAGGGGAAGCCAGAGGUGCUCCAGUGCUUUUAACACAGUAUGUUUCUUCUUAGCCAACCCUUUGUGUGUAUUCUCUUUAAAGUGCUGCGUGGGUUUGGUAUCAGUGUACUGUAUAUGCACAUUGCUCUAUACUCGAGUGUAAAUGUUACCCCCCUCCCAAAGAACCUGAAUUUUAUACACAUGCCUGCCCUUUUCUAAUUUAUGUCAUGUAUAAAUGUACUUAACAGAA